AUGGCAUCUAUAAAGAAUCUUGAAGUCCAAAAGGGGAAAAUCGCUCAGCAACUAGCUUCGAGUUCUCAAGCACAAGGUGCUUUACCUAGUGCAACCGUGACAAAUCCUAGAGAGCAUAAUAAUGUUAGCACGGUGAUAACACGAAAUGGUAAAAUUGAUGAAGUUGUUGAGGAAGUGGAUGAAGAGGAAGACCAAUUGAUCGAAGUGGACCUUGAGAUCAAAGACAAUGAAGUUGUUAGAGAAGAAGUGGUAGCACCGAAACCGAUUGUGAAAGAAACAGUCAUUGAGCCCAAGCCGGUUGUUAAGCUCCCAUUCCCCACUAGAAACAAGAAAAAAGGGCAACAUGAGAAAAACUUUGAAAAAUUCUUAGAGUUAUUCAAGAAGCUGGAAAUUAACAUUUUGUUGUUGGAGACACUUGAACAAAUGCCUACGUAUGCCAAGUUCAUGAAGAAUAUCAUUUCUAAGAGGCGGGUCACCGACACUAACCCAAUUAUUCUAACCGAAACUUGUAGUGUUAUUUUGCAGGGUAUGAAGAUUCCGAUGAAGAAGAAGGAUCGAGGAGUUGUCACUAUUCCAUGUGCUAUUGGAGAUAGGUCGUUCAACAAAGCUCUUAUUGAUCUGGGAGCUAGUGUGAGUCUCAUGCCGUUGUCUAUUUACAAGAAGCUUGGUAUAUGGGUUGUGCAAGAUACCAGAAUGACACUCCAAUUCGCCGAUCAUUCGGUCAAGAAACCGUAUGGCAUUGUUGAAGAUGUUCUGGUGAAAAUUGAUAAGUUUGUAUUUUCGGUGGACUUUGUAAUUCUUGAAAUGCCGGAAGAUAAAGAGAUCCCUCUCAUUCUGGGGAGACCCUUUUUAGAAACGGGAUGGUGCUUGAUAAACAUAGAAGAAGGAACAAUGACACUGAAGGUGACGACAUAUGAUAACCCUUUGCAUACACCCCAGUCACCUUUGGAAAGAGUGUUAAGUUUGUCCAUUUUCGAGUCGGAUAAAGAGGUGGACAACAGGGAAUCUGAAGUGCUUGCCUUGUUGAACGCACAAACCCCGUGGAAAGGAUCUCGACCACGCCGGUGGGACGAUUUACGCCUACCUCAAUAUAGUGAGGAGAAUGAAGAACCUAAGAAGGGAACAGAGUUGAAGCAACUUCCUGACAAUCUCAAAUAUGUAUUUCUCGAACCUGAAGGAAAAUAUCUUGCUCUCAUAAACUCAGGCCUUCAGAAUAUCCAAGAAGAAAAGCUCAUUCGAGUCUUGAAAAAGUACAAAAAUGAUAUUGGAUGGGCAAUUGAGGAUUUGAAGGGUAUUAGCCCCACUGUGUGCAUGCAUAAAAUCCUCAUGGAAGAUGACCACAAGCCGGUAGUCCAACCACAGAGGAGACUUAAUUCGGCAAUGAAGGAAGUGGUUCAGAAAGAAGUGGUAAAAUUGUUGGAUGCAGGUCUUAUAUAUCCCAUUUCUGAUAGUCCGUGGGCGAGCCCGGUGCACGUUGUCCCUAAAAAAGGGGGGGACCACCAUAAUAAGGAAUGA